AGAAGAGGAAUCAGAAAGCUGACUCUGCAGCCAUGGCUUGGUGCGUUUUCAGGUUAAGCCGGCUGGGACCCGCAGUGUGCAGAGCUCAUGGCCUCGGCUCCCUUGGACGAGCUCAUCGGAGGCAGUGCCAGCUCAGCUUGCACCCGGCCCGGUGGUUCAGCCGUUCCCACGGGCUCCGAGAUGUCCCCGGGGAUCCAGGUUCUACUGAUAAAGUGCUGCUGCAUUUUGUUAACCGGGAUGGGGAGAAAUUCACGGUCACGGCGAAAGAAGGGGAAAGUUUGCUGGAGGUGGUGAUGAACCAAAACCUCAGCAUUGAUGGCUUUGGUGCAUGCGAAGGUGCGCUCGCGUGCUCCACUUGCCACCUCAUCUUCGAGGAGGAUGCUUUCCGCCAGCUGGGCCCCACCAGUGAUGAAGAGCUGGACAUGCUUGACCUGGCCUUUGGACUGACGGACACGUCUCGCCUGGGCUGCCAGGUGCAUGUUAAGAAGUGGAUGAACGGGCUGACCGUCCACGUCCCUGUGGAGGUCUCGGACCUCCGGAAGGAACUGGAGGCAGAAAAACAAAGCAAGCGGUAACCCACCUUCGGCCUCUGCUGAAUGGCGUUUAUGGGGUGGAGACACUUCAGUGUUCACAUUUGCUUUUAUAUAUAUUUAUAUAUAUAUUCAUUCACAUCACUCUGUCAUCACAUUUAUUUUCUGGAUGAAAUACAUGCGUGCAUAAGAGAGAGAGAACAUUGUCUCUGAAGGUCAUCUUGACUUUGGGGAUUAAUAUUUACCUUCUAAGAAUCCCAGUCAGUCUUUUCACCUUACAAGGGACUGAACAAACACUGUUCACACGUUGAUGAGUGAUUUUUCUCUCUCUCCAAGGGAGUCACCAAGCCAAGGGUCUCAACUGCAAGCACAUAUAUAUAUAUUAGAGUGUUUCCCAGGAACUGCUCAGGGAGAACCCCAAAGCUAUUGAACCUACGGAAUGGCUUGAUUCCCUGAGCAAUUUUAAUCAUCAAUGUAUACAAAUUCCUCUUAAAUGCAGAUUUUGUAUGAGUCAGUCAUGAAUGGCAUCAGCAUCCUGUUUUCUCGGUAGCAAUCCAUUUUGCAUUUCAA